UUGGAGGAAACUGAUGACAUCCGAAUCUGUAAAGACACACUCUUGAGAUCCACUAAGAGCCUUGACAUAUUGAAUAUGGCCCUGUCGUUACUUGAAGAAAAGCUGAAUUCCUCCCUGCUAGAGAACACAACUGCAUCAAUUUCGUACGCUAAAAGAACGAAUGAGGAGAUGCUGAAACAGGAACUUCUUGAGACAAAAGCCAUGGUGAAAGAUAAAGACAACAAGCUCAAAUCCAUACUGAAAGAUAGAGACAACAAGAUCAAAGAACUGGAAGAAAAGAUCACACAUAUGCAAAAUGUGAUGCAAAAUCACUAACCAACCUCAUGGCAGCCCUCAUUUUCAACAAAUCAACCAACACAUGCAAAGAAAGUGCAUAUCAGGCCUUCAAAGACCCUUCCAAGCAUUGAAAGUGAUGACGAAAAUGAUUCAGAUGGUGAUGAGGAUCUAGCAAGUGGUCCAAUAUUCGGUCCCCUUUUAUC